UGCUGCUGCUGCCGCCGCUGCUGCUGUGCCUGGUCGCCGCGUCGCCGCCUGCAGCCGAGCCGCGCUCGCGAAGUUGCUCCGAAGUGAAGCGGCUCUACGUGGCCAAAGGCUUCAGCCAGAGCGAGGCGCCCAGCCACGAGAUCAACGGCGACCACCUGAAGGUGUGCCCUCAGGGCUCCACGUGCUGUUCUCAAGAGAUGGAGGAGAAGUACGGCCAGCAGAGCAAGCACGACUUCAGAAACGCCGUCCUGGAAGCGAGCAGCCAUUUGCAAGCGACCUUCAGUUCCCAAUACAAGAAGUUUGAUGAAUUCUUCCGAGAACUUCUUGAGAAUGCCGAGAAAUCCUUGAACGACAUGUUUGUCAGGACUUAUGGCCUGCUAUACAUGCAGAACUCUGAAAUGUUCAAGGACCUCUUUGUGGAGCUGAAGCGCUACUACACGGGGGGCAGCGUCAACUUGGAGGAAAUGCUCAACGACUUCUGGGCCCGCCUGCUGGAGCGCAUGUUCCGCCUGGUGAACCCGCAGUACAACUUCUCGGACGAGUACCUGGAAUGCGUCAGCAAGUACACGGAGCAGCUCAAGCCCUUCGGGGACGUGCCGCGGAAGCUGAAGCUGCAGGUGACGCGAGCGUUCGUGGCCGCUCGCACCUUUGCCCAAGGUCUGGCAGUGGCGAGAGACGUCAUUGGCAAAGUCUCCACCGUUAACCCCACGCCACAGGGGACCCAAGCGCUGCUGAAGAUGAUGUACUGCCCCUACUGCCGGGGCUUGGUGGCCGUGAAGCCGUGUUACAACUACUGCUUCAACGUCAUGCGGGGAUGCCUCGCCAGCCAAGGGGAGCUGGACACGGAGUGGAACAACUUCAUCGACUCGAUGCUGAUGGUGGCAGAGAGACUGGAGGGGCCCUUCAACAUCGAAUCUGUCAUGGACCCCAUCGAUGUGAAGAUCUCCGACGCCAUCAUGAACAUGCAAGAUAACAGCAUGCAGGUCUCCCAGAAGGUCUUCCAAGGAUGUGGACAGCCCAAGAUGCUGGUGCAAAGUCGGACCUCUCGCUCAGCUCCAGAAAGCAGCUUCAGCGCUCGUUUCAGACCCUAUAACCCAGAGGAGCGGCCCACGACAGCGGCAGGCACGAGCUUGGAUAGGCUGGUGACAGACGUGAAAGAAAAGCUGAAGCAGGCGAAGAAGUUCUGGUCUUCACUUCCCAACAGCAUUUGCAGCAACGAGAACAUGGCUGCCAGCAACUUCGACGACGACGAGUGCUGGAACGGAAGCAGCAAAAGCAGGUACGUCUUUGCCGUGAUGGCGAAUGGCCUCGCCAACCAGGCCAACAACCCUGAGGUGGAAGUCGACACGUCAAAAGUGGACAUGGUAAUUCGCCGGCAAAUCAUGGCGCUGCGGGUGAUGACCAAUAAGAUGAAGAAUGCGUAUAACGGGAAUGACGUUGACUUCAUCGAUAUAAGCGACGAAGGAAGUGGAGACGGCAGCGGCAGUGGCUGCGAAAUGCAGGAGUGUUCCCCCGAAUUGGUGCUGAACGUCACGGACGUAACGCAGCACGUCAACAAAAUGGACAAAAAGGCGAAGGACGGGGCCAGCAGCCCGGGCCUUUCCCAGGCAGCCCUUCUCCCAAGCAUCCUCCUGUUCCUGGCCGGGCAAAGACAGUGGAGAUAACUGGGCCACUUUAUUUUUUUAUUUUUUAUUUUUAGAGUUGAAGAACGGGAAAACAAUGACUUUUAUUAAAAAAAAAAAAAGGUAUUUGUUAAACGGCACCUGAUUUCACUUUUAUGCCAUCUAGUGAUUUUUGGGGGCGGGUGAAUCCUUUGUAAGUUAAUGGACAGCCAUGUACAGUUUUUACAAUGUUGUCACUGGUUUUAAUGAGUUUUUCCUGCUCUCGCCCAAUUUGGAGGACGGGAAAAAUGCACAAGGAUUUGGACCAGUUAGUCUGUCCUGUUGGCUGAUGAACCACAAUUAAAAGUGGUUAACUUAAGUGUC